AUGAAAUCAACUAAUCAAAAAAAACUGUCUUUGAGUCAUCAAUCGAGAAAACUUUAAAAAAUUACUUCAUUCAUUUGUUCAAGAGAGUUAUGCAGAUAAACCAUAAUUUUUAUUUCUUAGUUCGAAUAACAAUCAUUAAGAAUUCCAAUAACAGAAGAAUAUAAACUAGAAAUAAGAUUGCCACACGAUCAAGUCCAUUUAAGAUAUACGGAAAAAUGUAGAAGUUUAAAAGUAUAUUCACAUAAUCAAAUUUUAGAUAAAUUUUAAGUUGAAUAUCUCAAUGCAAUAUCAAUUAGAAUUGUAUAUAAUGGGUCCUUAAUAAUCACCAAUUUUAUCGAGGUUUCGACUUUUUUAUGGAUGGAAUUUUACAAGAACUAAAUGCUAUAAUAUUUUUUAUAGUCCAAAAAUCUAAAUUUAAUUAGUUCUUAGAAAUACUAUGCAAAAAGGCAAUAACUUGGAGUUUUAAAAUAAAUGA